GGGAGGAACUGACGGUUCCUGUGCUUGAUUGCAAUAUUCAAUAAAGCACACCGAAACAUUGCUUUUCUCAUCAGGUAGGCUAGACAUGAAUAACACCAUGGAAGAUGGACAUGAGUCAAAUCUGGUUUAUGCUCUGGUCUAUGGCUGCAUCUUGGCACUGGGUCUGCCUCUCAAUGCUGUGUCGCUGUGGAUUCUGCUUAGACGCCACAGUCUCAAAUCCCCAAGUGUCGUCUUCAUGGUCAACCUGGCCAUCUCUGACCUGCUGCUCGUCAUCUCCUUGCCCUUGAGGGUCUACUUUUACGCCACAGGUACCUGGUCACUGAGCCCUGAGGCAUGUAUCUGGACCACAAUGCUCUUUCGCAACAACAUCCGCUCCAGCUCCAUCUUCAUCACCUUCAUUAGUGUGGACCGGCUGCUGGCUGUCGUCUACCCUCUGAGGUCACGCCAUCUCCGAACCGCUCCCAACGCCUUGAAAGCUGUUGUGUUCGUUUGGCUGUUUGUGGUGGUGUUGAACAUCCCAGAGAGAUUGAGAUUUUCAAAAUUUAUAAAGCGUAAGAAUAACUCUACCUGUUUUGAAUUUCAACACAAUGUCAACAUUAAUGAUAACAGUCACGGUUAUAAAUCAGCAUUUACUUAUUUAAUGUCUGUGUUAGCGCUCACCCUACUGGCAGUCAAUGUUGUGUGCACCAUGUUGGUGUCUUGGACUCUACGCAGACAUCUCAGUGACUCAGCAAGGGUCAACAACAAGGUGAAUGUCAUGCUAAUUUUUUUCAUGAACUUGGUUAUGUUCAUCAUAUGUUUCUUGCCUAUGACAGUUGCUUUAUUAUUGUUUGGGCUACCUGUGAGUACACCUUUAGUAUGUCUUGCUAGUUUUAACUGUUGUCUGGAUCCACUUUUGUAUUACUUUUCACUGGAUGCCUUCUGGAAGAAAAAAGACGAUAUAGAACUUGCAAGAGAACCAGGCCAAGGACACACUAUUUCCAUGUAGUCUCGCUUUGUCAGACCUUCCUGUACAGCACUGCGGACGAGGCUCUGGCUAGU